AUGCUGGCCCCGGGCAGCGGCCCCGAGCUGAGGACCUGGUUUGCCCCGCUGUGGAGGCAGAUCUCUUGGCUCACCUGCUGGAUUGCCCUGUGCACGGCGGAGGCCGCCCCCGCCUGCCCCUUGACCUGCACGUGCGACGGCCACGGCCUGCAGGUGGACUGCAGCGGCCGGGGCCUCGCCGCGCUGCCCGUGGACCUGCCGGCCGCCACCCGCAGCCUGCUGCUCGUGAACAACAGGCUGAGCUCCCUGCCCGCUGGGGCCUUCGCCGGCCUGUCGGGCCUGCAGCGGCUGGACCUCUCCAACAACUUCCUGGACGGGCUGCCGCGUGCCGCCUUUGGGGAGCUGGUCAACCUGACGGAGCUGCAGCUGCGCAACAACAGCCUCCGCGCCCUGGACCCCGAGCUGCUGCGGCCACUGCCGCGCCUGCGCCACCUCGACCUGUCCCUCAACGGCCUGGCCCGGCUCCCGCCCGGCCUCUUUGACGGGCUCUCCGCCCUGCGCUCCCUGUUCCUGCGCGCCAACCGCCUGCAGAGCCUGGACCGGCGGACCUUCGAGCCCCUGGCCAGCCUGCAGCUGCUGCAGGUGGGGGACAACCCCUGGGAGUGCGACUGCCACCUGCGGGACUUCAAGCACUGGCUAGAGUGGUUCUCUUACCGAGGGGGGCGCCUGGAUCAGCUGGCCUGCACCCUGCCCAAGGAGCUGAGGGGGAAGGACAUGCGCGUGGUCCCCAUGGAGAUGUUCAACUACUGCUCCCAGCUGGAGGACCAGAAUAGCUCAGCUGGGCUGGAGGUCCCCGGGCCACCCUGCACCAAGGUCAGCCCGGAGCCUCCCAAGCCCGAGCCCGAGCCCAGCACCGCCUGCCCCCAGAAGCAGAGGCCGCGGCCCGUGAGCGUGCGGCGGGCCAUCGGCACCGUGAUCAUCGCCGGGGUGCUGUGCGGUGUGGUUUGCGUCAUGAUGGUGGCGGCCGCCGCCUACGGCUGCAUCUAUGCCUCCCUCAUGGCCAGGUACCACCGGGAGCUCAAGAAACGCCAGCCCCUGAUGGGUGAGCCGGAGGGCGAGCACGAAGACCAGAAGCAGAUCUCCUCUGUGGCCUGA